AUGGACAUGAAAAAGAGAAUUCACCUAGAACUGAGAAAUAGGACGCCGUCGGAUGUAAGUAGUUAUAUGAUUUAGCUAGAUCUAACUAACUGCAUCUUUAUCGGUGGUAACGCCAUAGUUUACGGUGUGUGGGAGUCAUGGCGAGCACAUGGGGUCUUCUCGUAAGCACAAGCCUACUUACUGCUAGAAAAUCGACUUUCUUUACAACGUUUUCUCCAAAACUCAAAAUUCUUAUGAGAUACAUAUGUAUUUUGUAAACUAGCGGUAUUUGAUUCGUUGGUUUUGGAUCACCAACUUUAAGUUAAAAGUGAAUGAAUCACUAACGUUACUGUACAACCAGUCAAACCGGGUUCGUGAGGUAAACAGGAAAAUGGCUAACUAACUAAAAUAUUUCACCCAAAUAAAAAUAGUUGUAUUUCUAUAUUGCUAGCCAUGUGCUGCAGUUUAUUUUUUUUAUACAGCUGUAUAUGUUGUAACAACCUGGCUCACUAUGAAAGAAAAAGCCGUAGUUAAGCUAGUUAGCACACUGAACUUGACUUGGAAAGCUAGAAUAGUGGUAGCCAUUAAAGGGCGCAUAGUUAGCAUGUUGGCUAACUAGCUAGCUACCAAGACAGCGAAUCAUCAGACCAUUUUCUCACCGGUUAUAGCUACAAAUAUAGCAUAUUUGGUCUACUGAAACAAUAGUAAAUUGUACACCGGCAUGAACCGUUUGGGUAUACUUUAACCGGUUAAAUACCGUUAUUUAGUUAGCUUAGCUGGCUAGCAACGUAUAUCUACUUUAGCUGGCCAAAUAACGCUACAUCACGUGUCCAGAGUUGACAAACAGUUCGGUUUCUAAGCAUGGCUACUAUUAACAGGCCAAAAAAAAAAGUACUUCGAAACACGUUCACUUGUUCAUAUAAAUACGGGUAAAAUAUUCCACAUAACAAAUACUGAAACAGCAAACUUUUCUCUUUAUCCCCCUCUUUCUGUCUUCCCUAACCCUGUUUCUCUCCCAGGUUCAGGAGCUGGUCCUGGAUAACUGCCGGUCGGACGAGGGGAAGAUGGAGGGCAUAACGGAGGACUUUGACAACCUGGAACUGUUGAGUCUCAUCAACGUCGGCCUCGUAGACGUCUCAAACAUACCCAAACUGGGGAAAUUAAAAAAGGUAGAACUACUAUGGAUGUGUCCCAAAUGUCACCCCAAGUUCUUUCACAAGCGCACUACUUUUGAUCCCACACGGCCUCAUCUCCCAUCUCAAAACAUACCCAAAACAGGGAAAAGGUAGCAAGCCAGCAUGCUGGGUCUCACUGCCACACUACUGUUUUCAAAUAAUGUUGCAUCACCAGUAGACCAGCAUGAAGCUGCUAUCCUGUGGGGAUUUUGGUAUAGCUAUGGUUGAAGUUGGGCCCUCGUGGUGCUCGUGAAUUUCCUUUCUUUUUUUCGGCUGAGUAAUGUGUUUCCUCCUCUGCCGUAGCUGGAGCUGAGCGACAACAGGAUAUCCGGUGGUCUGGAGGUGCUGGCUGAGCGGCUGGUCAACCUCACACACCUCAACCUCUCAGGGAACAAGUUCAAGGACAUCAGCACACUGGAACCACUGGUGGGUGUUAAAACUGUUACUGAAUAAGACUGUUGUAGCUGUGUAGAAGACUGUUGUAGCUGUGGAUGAGACUGUUGUAGCUGUGGAUAAGACUGUUGUAGCUGUGGAUAAGACUGUUGUAGCUGUGGAUAAGACUGUUGUAGCUGUGUAUGAGACUGUUGUAGCUGGGAAUACGACUGGUUAUAACCUCUUUAUAACUGGUUAUAAGACUGUUAUAGCUUCUUCAUAAGUCUACUCUAACUGUGAAAUAUGUUUGUUGUAGUUUGGAAUAACUUAUAACCUCCCACCCCCACUGUUAGAAAAAGCUUCCCAUAUUGAAGUCCCUGGACCUGUUUAACUGUGAGGUCACCAAUCUGGGAGACUACAGAGAGAGCAUCUUCAAGCUCCUCCCACAGCUCACGUACCUGGAUGGCUACGAUAUCGAAGACUGCGAGGCCUCCGACUCGGACGGAGAGGGAGACGGGGACGACGAUGAUGAAGGUAAGACCUGCUGA